AUGAAGCCUAUGGCUGAUAUGAAUUGUACUUUUGAUCAACAUGGGGACCCAAAUGGAGAUAGACUACUGCUCCAGGCGCUGUGGGAUGAUCUGCGAGCGCGACGGGAGUUCCUCAUGUCACCUUACCUGCCCGCAUGCUUCGCUUUCCUCAUCCACCUUCUCCUCUGCUCACCCUUUCUAGUAUUUGAAGCGCUGGGAUGUUUCUGGCCAAGGAUACAUCUCUACAGGAUCUCUAGGAACGCUGAACCGUUGGGGUUGUGUUUGCAGAGAUGGGUUGACUGCUUUUGGAGGAUUUUUAUCAAAUACCUGACAACUAUUCUCCCGGCCAGCGCGCUUUACCAAAGCGUUCGGAAUCAUAUAUCUCCAGAACUCGCGCCAUCCUGGAGAGUGCUCAUUGCGGAGGUUAUCGCGUGCCUACUUUUAUUCGAUGCGCUGUUCUUUAUAUGGCAUUAUUCCAUGCAUCGGGUUCCUUGGCUGUAUCGGAGGGUCCACCAGGCUCACCACCAGAACCGCAUUACCUUUGCCCUGACUGCCCAGGAUGCCAGCCCGGCUGAGCUCCUCUCCCUGCAGGUGCUGGCCCUGACCAGUGCCUGGGUGGUGGGCUGCCACCCUUUGAGCGAGGCCCUGUUCCACCUGCUCAACAUCUGGCUGGCCGUAGAGGACCACUGUGGCUAUGACCUGCCCUGGGCCCUCCAUAGACUGCUGCCCUGCUUCGGAGGGGCCCCCUUCCACCAGGCACACCACCACAUAUACAGGGGGAACUACGCCCCCUACUUCAGGCACUGGGACUGGCUCUGUGGGACCUACCUGAGGGUCAGGGAGGAGGCUGGGAGGAAACAUGGAGGGAGGACAAUGAGGAGGAGGAGGAAGAGGAGGAAAAGCCUGGGAUCUGACUGUGUGUGUGCACGGGCGUGCAUGUGUUAAAAUUGA